AUAUGGUGUUUCAUUUGAUACCUGACCUUUUUUAUAUUUUUAGCGGCAUUGCAGUGGAGGUACCGAUGAAAUGAUUCGCGGUGUUUCUGCACCUACCGCGAGUGCACAAACAAGAUAAGAAUUAUCCGUCGUCUCAACAACAACAUCGUCAUGAAACAGUUCACCUUCAAAGGACUGAUGGCACCCGUUUUUACACCGUAUACCAACGGCAGUGAAAAAUUGAACCUCGAUGCGAUUGAGCCUUAUGUGCAGCUGCUGAAGGGGAAAGAUGUACGGGGAGUGCUUGUUAAUGGCACAUCCGGAGAAGGCAUGCUGUUGACAGUAUCGGAGCGUAUGGCCGUGACGGAGGCAUGGCAGCGGUCCUGCACGGCACACGGCAUAACGAUGAUGGUACAAAUAGGUGGUGCCCCAUUUCCGGAUGUCGUAUUGCUGGCUAAACAUGCAGCUAAAAUCAACGCGGACGCCGUUCUGUGCCUACCGGAACUCUACUUUAAACCCAAGACUGCUGAAGCGCUUGUAGCGUACCUGAAAGCCGUUGCGAGUCACUGUCCGACGAUUCCAUUUUUCUACUAUCAUAUUCCCAUGUUUACGGAUGUGAACGUACCCAUGCCGGCGUUUCUGGAUUUGGCUGAGAAGGAGAUUGGCAACUUCCGUGGCAUAAAGUACACGAACGGAGAUCUAGAACAAGGCAGUGCCUGUUUGAAGGAAGGCCGGCAUAUAUUCCUCGGUGCCGAUACCAUCCUUUGCGGUGCCGUUGCAGCCGGUUUCAACUGCUUCAUAAUGACAACCUUGAACAUUUGUCCCGAAAUAGCUGACAAAAUUAUUGCCGACACAAACCGCGGUGCUCUCGCUGAAGCUAGGGAUGAACAGCGAGCCCUCAAUAAGCGCAUAACAACGAUCCUGCAACACGGCGAUUGGGUGACGGCGAUGAAGAAAGCGUUUCGCGAAACGUUCCCUGCCAUCGAGGUCGGCCACACUAGACCACCGCUAAACUUAAGAUAACAACAAGAAAGUAAUUUUGUUACUGAAGAUGGGGUUUUAUUAAAUUGAUUAAGUAAUUGGCUCAA